AAAACGACGUCGUUAGAAGCCUGGCACCAUUUUAUCUCAUCUUUCUCUAUCCAUCCACACGCCGGGCAAGAUCACCCAACUCUGCACAACAAAUCAGACUUUUGCCCUCCCAAAAGAUAGCAUUUUUACUCCUCAAUCAUCAACACUUCUUAACACCCUUUACUCUUCAACCCAUUUAUUCUUCAACCCAAGAUUCGAUAUCAUUCAGCUCGAUUGAUUCAGCUGCAUUCACUGAACCCAAAUGGAUCUAAAUUAACAAGUGAAAACCCAGUUCAACACAGAGAUGACAGCCUUAAGUCUCCACCAAAUACCAGUGUUAGUGUCAUCAAGUUCAAGAAAAAAGCUGCCUUUGUUGCCGUCUGCUGAUUCUUCACCCACAAGAACCACUUGUUCAUCCUCUUCAUUACAAUGUAGAGGCGUGUUGAAACCGCAUUCAGCAGGGAUCGGUGUUAGAGCAAACGCAUCUAGCGCCAGUGUUGGAUCCGGGGGCUAUGCAGAGAAUGAUGAAAAUGAAAACCAAAGUUUAUCUUCUAAUGAUCCAAAAAGUGAUAGUUCUUCACAUAUUAACAAGCUUCCAAAUCAAAUACCGUAUCCGGUCUCAAUCGCCCUUGUGCUAUCUGGGUGCGCUUUAGUAUUUUCAAUAAUCGCCUUUGGAAAGGGCGCGCCUUCAACGCUUUUAGCAGCAAUAGCAAAAUCUGGGUUCACUGCUGCUUUUACAUUGAUUUUUGUUUCAGAAAUCGGAGAUAAGACGUUUUUCAUUGCAGCUUUGUUGGCCAUGCAAUAUGAUAAAGGAUUGGUUAUCUUGGGAUCCAUGGGUGCUUUAUCACUAAUGACUGUUUUAUCGGUCGUAAUUGGACGGAUAUUUAAUUCAGUACCAGCCCAAUUUCAAACAACAUUGCCAAUUGGAGAAUAUGCAGCGGUAACUCUUUUGAUGUUCUUUGGGCUCAAAGCGAUCAAAGAUGCAUGGGAUUUGCCAUCAAAAGAUGAUAAAAACGGUGGGAAAAAUAGUAACGAACUUGACGAAUUUGCGGAAGCUGAGGAACUCGUAAAAGAAAAGGCGUCUAAACAGCUCAAGAAUCCAUUUGAAAUACUGUGGAAGUCGUUUAGUCUUGUAUUUUUUGCGGAAUGGGGUGACCGUUCGAUGCUUGCAACCAUAGCUCUUGGGGCAGCUCAGUCUCCAUGGGGUGUGGCAAGUGGAGCCAUUGCUGGUCACCUGCUAGCAACUUCUAUAGCGGCAGUGGGGGGCGCGUUUCUUGCCAAUUAUAUAUCAGAGAAACUGGUCGGGUAUCUGGGCGGAGUACUGUUCUUACUUUUCGCAGUUGCCACGUUUUUGGGGGUAUUUUAAAGAAGUCGAAACAGUCAAAAGAGUUGAAACCAUGGCUACAGGUCGGGCCGGGCCAUCAAAAUGGAGAAAUAAUCAUUUAUGCAUUGUAAUUGUAAGUUAGAUAUAUUUAAUUGUUGUAUGUUGAGUUUGUGCAUGAUUGUUGGUGGAACAAACAUUCGGUUGUUGUGAAGAGUAGAAGUAAUAAAGAAAGAAGCAUGUAAAAGAUAUCAUGGAAUAGUUGGAUGUAGAUACGGCUGUUCAAAUGGUUUGUGACUAAGCUUGUUCGAAAUUGAUUUGGUCGAAAAUUACAUA